UCGACUGUGUUGGGACCCGUCUCGGCAGCUAUGAAGAGCAGUGUAAACCCUAAACAAAGGCUUACAACAUUCUGUGCCGUCGAAGAAAGCGGACGUGUAAAGUGAAAAGUGCGAAAUAUUAGCUCUCUUCCCCAAAAAUCAAGGAGGAAAUACUGCAGCCCCUGAAAGCCAUUGCAAAAGAAGUGCAAGUGCUUCGACUGGUGAAAACCGGGAAAAAAAGACUGUGUUUGCUGAUUAUUUUUUUGGAGAACAGAAAAGCCUAGUGUUAUAACAGAAAAAGCUGUAAAUUUCAACGGAAUCCGUAGUGCAAGUGCAUAGUGCUAGUGACAGUAAUAUAAAAGGAAUAAGUUAUUCGAUAGCAGUUAAAAUGGAAGAUACGGGAUUACUACUAUCGCCGCCCGCAACGCCACCACUGGACACCGGCAGAGACUCUAAGGCAUCCCAUGAGGUUAAGCAAGCGCUCAAACGCAAACUGGAACAACACCAGUCACCACGUGUCCCACCACCACCACGGGAAAUGCAAACCAAAGGUUUCGUCACACCGAACCAUUCGGAUCUGUCGGAGGAUGAAUCUGAUUUGCCGCCGCGAAAGCGCCUGUACGUGCGUGAUCCGGUUCAGCUCGAGCAGCACUACCAUCACAAUCUGUCGUCGUCGUCGAUGACACCGCCACCGUCGGAUUUUUCCGGCUCGGAAGACGAGAACACCAAAUCAUCGGAAGACGCCCAAACGUCGGCACCGCAACGGGAAAGUGUUAUCAUGCGAAUCAAUAAGGACGGUUCGUGUACGGCCGCCGCUAGCGAAGCCAAAGAGGACGAAGCCAGUCUGAACGUGUUCCGUUGUGUCAAGUACAAAAUGGGGCGUCGCUCGCCGUUCGAGAAGGCACCGGAACCGAUGGAACCAUCAACUCGGUUUGAAACCACCACACCACCACAGCAGACAAGCGGAGAUUUCAGUGAUCGCGUUGGCACCCGAGAACGCCCAGUGACUGGCACCCCGAGCCGAGUAUUAGAGCAAAACCAGAAGUAUGUACCUGCUGUUGUUCCAUCCGUACCUGUUGUCGUCGCUUCUCCGGCGGUCAUUCCUGCAGUACCGAAAUCUACUCAACCAAUCAAACCGCAGACCUCGCUGCCUGUCAUCGCACCUAAGAUCCCACAAAUCAUUCUGGCAACACAGAACGGCUUCAUUCUGGUACCGCCGCAAAUCUCACAAAACCUGCUGACCACCGGUAGCGGAAAAGCCAUUCUGGUCCCACAGGUCCCGAAUGCAUCCGUCCCAUCGUCAGCCCUGUCUGCCGUUGCACCGCAGAAACCCGAACGCCGACGAAUCUACGAGUGCGAACAUCCGAACUGUGGCAAAAACUACUUCAAAUCAAGUCACCUGAAGGCCCAUCAACGCAUCCACACCGGCGAGCGGCCGUUCAUGUGCAAGUGGUCCGAUUGUGGUCGCCGGUUUUCCCGAUCAGACGAAUUAUCACGUCACAAGCGUACCCACACCGGCGAGAAGAAGUUCGUCUGUCCCGUCUGUCAGCGACGUUUCAUGCGAUCGGAUCAUCUGUCCAAACACGUCAAACGUCACAAUAAGGACAAAAGUCAGAAAGGCCAACAACAGCAGCAGCCACAGCAACAACAUCCUCAUCAACACCAAUCACAAGUCGAUCUAGUGCACUCGCUUUAUCCGGUUCCGCUGUACCCCCAGGACACAGCCGUCCCGGUACAGUUCGUUACCACUGCUGCUGCUGCUGCUGCUCCACCUACUGAGAUUCGUGUGCAACCAAUCUACUAAGCACGUUUGUUCUAGAGCAAACAAAAAAAACUCUUAGCCGGAACUGACUAGACUUUAGACUUCUCGCAUUGUCAGCUGACGAUCUUUUAGUUGUGGUGUCCCUUCAAAUCCUUCCGUCAGAUGUUCAUUCCAAGUUAAAAGAUUACAUAUAUCCUAUCCAAACUAGUUUUUCUUGUUUUGUUUCGAAGGGAAUGGUUACAGGAAAAAAAAAAACAAAACGUUGAGUAUCAGAGUAUGUUGCUAUCCUAAACAUUAUUACUUGUGCGCCUAGGGACUUGCACAAACUUAUGUUAUCUGCUUGCACUGGUCAAGCUAUCUUUUAAUAUACAUACACAUAAAAUACAUCUGUGAUCGUUUUAAAGUUACAUUAACUAUAAGAACAGACUUCAACUGAUUGUGUAAAGUUUUAGUAACUUAUUUUGAAGCGUAAGGGAGUUUGUAAGUUCUAAGUUCACCUGUUUGUUCAAACUGAACUGUUUAAAAAUACUUGUUUUAUUGUUUGUUUUGUAUAUAAGAUUGAAGAACUUGAAGAAAGAAUGAAUUACGAAAAAGAAAAUACAAAACUAUCACUUACACAAACUGAAA